AUGUCGUGGAAAGAAUCCAAUACUCAUUUCACCAUUCUGCGGAACGCUGAAGCCGGGCAGUAUGGAGUUAUCGCCGCCAUAGCCUACAAUAUUGAGCAUGUGAUAGGUCUAGUACAGGCCGCCGAGACAGCUCGUUCACCCCUCAUCAUCCAAUUCUUUCCCUGGGCGAUCGAGAUCACUGAUGGGUUGCUCGUGCGCACCGCCGCAGAUGCCGCGAAGCGUGCGAGUGUACCAAUUAGCAUACACCUCGACCAUGCACAAUCCGAAACAAUAAUCAAGCGAGCAGCGGAGCUACCCUUCGACAGUAUCAUGGUUGACAUGUCCCACUACGAGAAGGAAGUCAACCUGAAGAAGACCCGCGAACUGGUGCGGUACUGCAAUGAACGGCAGAAGGCUACCGAGGCCGAACCAGGUCGCAUUGAAGGUGGAGAGGAUGGUGUAAUGGAUACUGCGGGAUUGGAAGCGUGCAUGACAACAGCUGAGGAGGUGGAUGAGUUCGUCAGCACGGGUGUGGACGUGCUUGCUCCAGCGUUUGGGAAUGUCCACGGCGAGUAUGGGCCGCAAGGGCCACAAUUGGAUUUUGAAAGGCAACUGUUUAGAUUCAAGAGUGUCCGUAGCCAGGCAAAUGGUCGAGUCAGGUUAGCUUUACAUGGUAACAAUGGGUUUUCGCCUGAGUUAAUGAAGCGCUGCGUGGCUGCGGGUGUCAGCAAGAUCAACGUCAACCGCCUCGUCUUGGACGACUACUACGACCAUCUUCGCGCGAACGUGGAUAAAAUUACGCACACUCAACUGAUCGAGGAGGGUAUUCAGAAGGUCGCCAAUCUGACCGUCAAGUGGAUGGAAAUUUGCGGCUCUGCCGGUAAGGCAUGA